AUGAAGAUCUUUCAAUCCCUUGGUCUUCUAUUCGCUCUCUGCAGCGUGGCACCCAUUAGUACUGUUGCCUUUACAACAACAACUCCCAGCACUACCAGUAUGAUGACACAACGACUGUCUACAUCGUCGUCAUCAUCAUUACACAUCGCAGGAGUCCAAGAAGCCUGGACUGCAUACAACGACGCUUUGGAAGCCAAUCCACUAUUGGUCAAGAGUGUGACGGCCAGUGUCAUUUUGGGAGCCGCCGAUGUGACGGGACAAGCCAUUGAACGUGCCCAACCCGAAUCGGACGUGACAGAAUUGGAUAUUGCCCGUACGGUACGGUUUGCCUUUUUUGGACUCGUCUUGCAAGCUCCCUGGAAUCAUUUUUAUUACAACUUUUUGGAUGGUGCCAUACCUCCAACAGAAGAACCCUUUACUCCGACCACUGGAAUCAAGGUGGUAAUUGAUCAAUUUGUUCAAGCCCCUAUUUUUACAGUUUUGAUUUUUGCCUUUUUGGGUUUGUUGGAAGGAAAGACCACUGAAACCAUCAAGAAGCAAUUGGACGAAGAUUAUGCGGAUACCAUGGUGGCCAACUGGAAGCUUUGGGUGCCUGCCACAGUAGUCAACCUUGCCUUUGUGCCACCCAUUCUACGAGUCUUGUACCUGAAUUGUGUCUUUUUCUUUUGGUCCAUCUUUUUGUCACUCAAACUCAACAACAAGGAUGAGAAUGAAAUAGAAGCAUAA